AUGCUGAAUGUAAGAGAGAGAGAUCAAGGUUGCAACAAUAAACACACAGAGAGAUGGGAAUAUUUCGAACUUUAAGUUUCCGGCGAAAUACAUCUCGGGCCGCCGCAUCUAACAAACCUAAGUCUAAAGAAUCAUCGGUUUCUUGGUGUGGGGAGAAGAGGCUCUUGAAAGAAUCACAAAUGCAAGAUGAAAUACUCAAGACAUACGUCAUCUCACGGUUGGCUUCGCCGGCAAAUGUUUUCCGGUGGGAAGCAAACCUCAUCGGACCGGAGGACUGCCCGUUCGAAAACGGUGUCUUCGCCGUCUCUGUUCACAUCCCAACCAAAUAUCCAUUCAAACCACCCAAGAUCGUAUUCAACACCAAGAUAUUUCAUCCUAACAUCAACGAAAAUGGAGUAAUUAGUAUCGAUAUAUUGGGGUCGCAAUGGUCACCAACUUUGAGGAUCGAUUUGGUACUCUUAUCCAUAUGUUCGGUCCUCUCGAACCCGGUCGAGCCAUUUGUUCCUAGCAAUCCUGCCGUGAAGGUGUACCUGCAAGACCGGAACGCUUACGAGAAGAUUGCGAGAAUGUGGACUCUGGAAUAUGCAAAUGCUUGAUGAUUACUUUCAUAAAUUUUGUGUGUGCUUAUACGUACAUAUUACUUAAAGAAUGAAUUAAUUAAAAGGUAAUAGUACAUAUUGCAAUAUAUGAAUAUAACAAAUUCUGCAUUUCACAAAAGAAAAAAGAAGAAUAUAACAAAUUCUGCAAACAACAACCAUAUUUUUAUAAUCCAGACCAGCGUAUUACUUUGGCUUCGGUAGUCUUAAUUGCUGCAAGAACCAUUGCAACCAAAAAUGCCAAAGACACAACAAUCUUCAGGUUUUUAGACAACAUCACUCUUCGAAUA